AUGUUUGUGCGACUAGUCCAAUUGAUGAUAGAAAUUUUUUUAUUAUCGGACGGAAGGUUUGUAAAAGUGACCGAACAAGUAGGAAUUGGUCUAUUUAUAUUGGCAAGAGGGGCAUCUCAACGCCAAGCUGCUGACACAUUUAAGCAGUCAAUAUCCACAAUUAGCAAAUAUUUCAGAAGGGUGUUGCAAGCAUUGACAAGAUUGUCAUGUGAUUUAAUUCGUCCUUAUCAAGAUUUGGCCGAUACACCACCAGAAGAUUAUGUUGGUGCUUUAGAUGGAACUCAUAUUAGUGCAGUUGUGUCCGAUGGUGAUGGUCAACCGUUUCGAGGACGUAAAGGAACUAAAACUUGGAAUGUACUAGCCUCAUGCUCUUUUAAUAGGUUAUUCACAUUUGUCAAUGUUGGAUAUCAAGGAAGUGCUCAUGAUAUAACGGUGUGGAGAAAUUGCUUAACUGAUCCUAAAUUCGAAUUUCCACACCCUCCUCUAGUGGAUUCUGGUUAUCCUAACACACUCGGUUAUUUGAGUUCAAUUAAAGACAAGCAGACAAGGUAUCAUAUGCCGGAAUUUCACAAUGGUCCUCCACCUCGAGGAAUGCUAGAACAUUACAAUUAUCGUCAUUCUUCAUUGCGUACUACAAUUGAAAGGUGUUUUGGCAACGUUAAGGGGCAAUGGAAAAUUUUGAAAAACAUGCCACAAAUGUCUCAAACAUAUCAAUUAUCAAUCAUCUUAUCAACGUUUACUCUUCAUAAUUUUAUCCGAUUGUACACUUUAGGGAUACCAAUUUCAGAAAGAUGUGCAAAUGUUGAGCCAAGAGCGGAAUACUCCAUAUUUGAUGAAGGUAGGAAAGCUCAUAUGGAUAUAGUACAAAAUCAGAUAGCAGAACAUAUUUGGCAAUCAGUUAGGGACAUCGAGGAAGAAGAUCAUCAUAUGGACGUUGAAUAA